AUGGAGGUCCUGCAGGAGAAGGUGGAAGAGGAGCAAACAGAAGAAGAGCUGAAGGCUUUGGAGAUCAGUGAUAACCUCCAGGAUGUGGAAACGGAGGUUUCUGGGGAACAAGUCUGCACCUCAAGUGAUGUACAUCCUUUUGACUGGAGCUCUGUGGACACAUCCCAGUUGCCAUCUUCCUACAGGACCAAUUCUCUGAGGGAAGAGAAGCUGCUGUCCAUGGCUGCUCAUUUCCUGCAGCAGUACUCUCACCUCUGCCCUGAUCGCAAGCAGCUCUUCCUCCACCCGGUCAACGAGUGUGGCGUGGAGAAGUUUGUGAGCACAACGGUGAGGCCAACCCUGCUGCCUUAUGCAGAGCUCCACAACUGGGAUUCCUGUGCCAGCUUUGUCUCAGAUUUCCUCACCAUGGAGCCCCUCAAGUGCCCUCUCACAGUGCCCACUUCUCUCUAUUCCCCAACCACCAUCCUGAGCUGCCAGCGAGGGAACUGCUUUGACUUCAGUGUGCUGCUGUGCUCCCUGCUGCUUGGGGCUGGCUACGAUGCCUACUGCGUGCAUGGCUAUGCCACCCGGGAGAUGUGUGCCCUGGACCAGACUCUGGAGCUGUGCCCCCUGCUCAGCAAGCCACAGGAGGUGCCAGAAGAGGGGAUGGAGAAGUGCAAAAAGUAUAGAAUUAAACCCUUGCCACACCUGCAGAAAACGUUUGAGCUUGAGCAGGAGAUCAAGAAGAAGACAGAAACCGAAGCUGCUCAAAAGAACAAGGAAAGAGAAAAGGAGAAGGAAGAGAAGAAGCCCAAGGCUGACCCUUGGCAUGGCCUGAGAGUGCAUGCCUGGGUUUUGGUCCUGUCUGGGAAGAGAGAGGUUGCUGAGAACUUCUUCAUCAACCCCUUCACAGGAAACAGCCACAGCACCAAGGAUGAGAACUUCCUUGGCAUUGAGAGCAUCUGGAACCACAGGAACUACUGGGUGAACAUGCAGGACUGCAGGAAUGGCUGCAAGGAUCUCCUCUUUAACCUGAGUGAUGGAAUCUGCUGGGAAGCCUUUCUUUCAGGGAGCACCAGGCCUCUCCCAGCUGCUAAGAAGGAAAAGGAGUUCUUGGAGAGGGAUGAGGAGGAUCUGGAAAAGGAGGAGACAAGCAGGAGUUUUGAUAUGCCACCAUCAUGGGUAGCCCAGAUUCAGGUAUCUCCCAAAGAGCUGCAGACCUGUUAUGUCCAGGGGAGGAAGGUGAUCCUCUACAAGAAAGCAAAAGUGGAGAAGUGGGCCCCAUACCUGAAUGAGGAUGGGCUGGUGGAACGCCUCACCAUCUACACAGACCUGGACUGUACUGAAGUAGAGGAGGUGAGGGAGUGGUUCAGGCACAGAGAGGACAUGUUGGACAGGAGAGAGCUCAAGAAACAGACACAGCUCACCACAGACUACUUCAGCCCAGGACACCUCUCCCAUCUUAAAGCUCACUCCUACACCUCCCUGGAACCAGAGGCUGAGCACAGGAUGGAGUUUUACCACCAGGCACGAGCUGAUGAGCUCCAGAAGUGUGUUGCAAGUGCCAGCAAGCUGACAGAGCACUUUGUGGGGCGAGGAGACCUCCUGUACCUCCGGCAGGUGGAGUUUGCUGAAGCAGAGAAGAAACCAACCUUGGCUGGCAGCAGGGCUGGGACCAGCUUCCGGCCUAUAGUGCUAAUCAAGGAGUUCUUCCACAGAAACCCAGCCAAGCCUGCUGAUGAAGAUGUAGCAGAACGUAUCUUUAUGAUCCCAGAGAGGAAGAUCCAUGUGAAGUAUCACCUGGAUGAGAAAUACAUCACUACCUCAAAGAGGGAAUUCUUCCAAGUGGCAGAGAGGGACAUGGAAGGACAUAAAAUCUUAAAGAACCAUGAAAUAUGCAUCACCUAUGAG